AUGGAUGGGCUAACGCUCAUAUCAGUAUCGAUUAAUCAAGCUUCUAUACUAAAGCCCUCCCUCUCCCACCUCCGUCUCACAUCCUCUUCAUUCUCACACCUAUACACUUCUACCCAGGCCUACCUCUAUCAAGUAACCCACCACUGCAAAUGUUCAGAUAUUCUUAUCAUGUCCGACUUUCAGAGCAAGAACAAACAGUCGCGUGUUCCUUACAACGUCCGCACACCAAAAUUUUCGAACUUCCCCAAUCCCGAGCCGUUCCACCGCAAUGCUUACCGGAGUAUGGCCACCUACAACGUAAUGCUAAAGGCCUGGAAGAAACAGCCAGAACCAUCAAUGAUUUCAUGCUUCGUCGUGACAUUACUUCGACCUUGGUGGGACAUGUGA